AUGUACAUGACCAGCUACCGACGCAAAGUGUGUAAGGAACAGUAUGAGCGCUCUGACGUCUUUGAAGACCCAGAAGAUCCCCAGGUUCUACUUCCGGAACAUUCCAGGGGCCCAGGUCUGGCAGGCAUCCCCGUCCAAGGCAUGGAGAACCUGCAGGGACUGAAUGAGCGUUUCGCCAGAUACAUCGGGCGGGCGCGCAUGCUGGAGCAGCGCAACACCGUCUUCCGCAAGCAGCUGGAGAUGCUGCAGCACAUGGAGGAGGUGUCGGGCCUGGGGGAGGCCUUCAGCGAGCAGAUCAGCCUGCACCGGCAACGCCUCCGUGAGCUGUUCUCCGAGCGAGCCAGGCUGGACCGGGAGAGGGACGAGGCCGAACGCAAGCUGGAUGACUUCAGCAACAGGUACAGAAAUGAGUGUGAAUGCCAACAACACCAACGGGGCGUCCUUGAGCACCUCAACAAGGAGGCUGACGCAGCUCUCUUGGGGAACCUUGAGUACCAGGUACAAUCCCAGUUCCUGCAGGACGACAUUAACUCAACCAGAGACAGAAACAAAAAGAACCUGGCAGAGAUCCAGACUUAUGUAAAAAUUCUAAACCAGAUCACCCAGGUGCCCCAGCAAUUACACAGUGAUUCCCAGAAGCCGUCUGAGCAGGAGCGGCCAUUUGGCCAGAGCUGCGUUCCCUCGCUGCAGAGUCAGCUAGAUGAGUACAAGACUGCCCUCUGCCAGCUGGAACCUGAGAAGCAAUGGCUGCAGGAUGAGACUUCAGCGCUUGAGCAGGCGGUGAAGACCACGCAGGAGAGCUACGACGAGGAGAUCCGGCUGUUUGGCGAGCGGAUCGAGGCGUUACGGAAAGAGAUCGAGGAGGCCGAGCGCUCGCUGGAGAAGUACACCAAUAAGUGCCGCCACCUGGCCAUGUACCAGACGUCCCUGGAGAACAAGCUGGAAUGCUACAGGACAAUCAUCGAGAAUGAAGACACAAGGCUGAAUUCAGUGAUUGUUGAGACCCCCAUCGCCCUGCUCAGAGGUGAGGGAACAAUUAUUGGUUCUACAUUGUGUUGUCCUCUCUUUGCAGACAUCACUCAGGCUGUGCAGGACAUCACCAAUGUCAAACCUCGCCAGAAGAACCUGGCCAAGAAAGUGCUGAAGAUGCAGGAAAUCAGCCCCAAGAACGUGAGGAACAGCGAAGUAGAGGAGAAGGCUGGAGUGGAGCUGGAGGAUGUGGCAGAAGACAGCGAGGAACGAGUCACGGGUGUGGGACAGCCGUUCAUGUCCCCGACUGAGGAUGUCCCCGAUGGAACCCAGAUCAGCAAGGCCAUCGACACACUGUGCAACAUCAUUCAGGAGCGCAUGCAUCAGCACAGAAGGCAGGAGCCAAUCGCCGACUUCUACACCAAGGGCCACUACGUGCUGGUUUCAGGAGAGUCCAGCUACAUGGAUCCAAGAUUUUGUUCCUCCUCCUCGUCCGGGGGACACGUGUUUGUCAGCAUCUGUGAUGGCAGAAUGUUCCCUAACCACAGGGAGAAGACACCCAUCCCCAUUCCUGCCCCCGUGUCCCCGACCUGCCCCGAGGAUGGAGAGAAAGUUCAGGGUAGUGCCAGGCGGCAGAGUGACCAUGAGGACAAUGGCGUGGAGACCAAUGAGAAAGGGGACCUUGGAGAAAAGUACAGUACAGGGGCUCCCAGCCAAGACCAAAGCACCCCAGGAACAAGACCCCAGAUAAGAGUAGCUGCCACAGGGGGCAUGACACCACUGAGACCUGGAACACCCCUCCAUCUGUCAUCCAUGAGCUACGAAAAGGUGGAGGUGGUUGAGUCUGUGGAGAAGAUCUCCAGGGACAACAAAGUUAGUGAUUACGAGGAGACGGCCACCAUCGUGGAGACCACCAUGGAGAAGACCAGCAAGAAGAAGCCCACGGGCUAGUCGCCUUGAACCUCCCAACUGGCAGAGUCCUGCUGCUUUUGUACGCCGUGCCUUUAAUGUUUGAAAACUUGGGAGAGAGAGUUCCCACAGAAACAAACCAUUAAAAUAAGAACGCGCAGAACCUGAAGCGUUGAAAGUGAAUGCGAGCCAAGUAAGGGCUGCUCUCGGGGAUGUUAACUCAUCGGGGUCCCUGCCUCCCCCCAAAGUAAUCGCACAACUAUUGAUUUUGCAUAUAUAGUUUUUAAUAUCACUUCAAUUGGCUGCCAGCUAUUGCCCUGUCUAAACAUAUGUACGCUAAUUGAUUUCCUAAUAAAACAAUCAUCCUUCA